AUGUGUAUCAUAUAUAUAUGGCUAAUAUUUCUUAAAUUACAUAAAUUAAUAUCAAAAAAUAAUUUGAAAAAAAGAGUAAUCUAAAAUAAGAAAACCCAAAUUAAUAGAACUAUUUAUCUCUACUACUUUAAGCUUUAUCAAAAAAUGCUAACCGAACAGCUUUGUUAGCCCAAUUAAGACUACAUAGAAGUAGUUCAUUCUUCUGUAGAAGGUGAGCUAUAGCUGAAAAAAGUAACACCUUUGAAAAGAAGCAACUUAGCUUAUGUUUUCUAUCUUAUAUUAUGCUUCCUUUCAUGUGGUAUUAUCUAUGUUGUUUCAGUAUUAUGGCCUAAGAUAUUUAAAAAGUUAGUUUUUAAAGAGGUAAAAAGCCCGUAUGAAGCAACUCAUGUGUAUGCUAUUGGUGUCAAUGGUGAAGAAUUUUAUGAAAAAAUCGAAUAGGACUACUUCUCAUAAUCAAAGGUACCCUCUUAGCCUUUUUUUAUAAACAGAUUUAUGAAAUAUGUGUAUAAUGAAAACUAAAAUACUUUUCAAGCUAAUCAAUAUGAGCUUGAUGGUAAAUGCAUAAGCGAGAUAUCUUAAUCAUAGCCAUUAAACAGUGAUGAUAUAUCUGAUAUGCUAAAGUAUUAUGGACAUAGCUUUAUUGAUAUCAUCAUUCCUAGGUAUCACGAAUUCUUAAUCACUGAAUUACUAAGACCUAUCAAUUUUCUUCUCUAUUUUGGUUUAGCAGUUUGGAUACUUGAGUUGAGAUUUAGCUUUUUUGCUAUUACUUUAGUGUCAACAAUUAUAAUUAUUAAUAUUGUUUGCUUCUUUGUUAGGAGAACAAAACAAUAAUUGCGUGAAGCUUGUCUUCAUGAUGAGCUCAUAUCAGUAGAAAGAUCAAAUGAAAUGUAACAAGUAUCCUCAAAAAAUGUGGUUCCAGGGGAUAUCAUUCACAUUAACAAAAGCUUCAGAGUUCCCUUUGAUUGUUUGAUAUUAGAAGGAUAGCUUUAAGUCAAUGAAGCAAAUAUAACAGGUGAGGCAAUUCCUAUUAGUAAGCUCCCAUUAUCUGGUAAAUCAAGUGAAAGAUUUUAGCUAAGUUCGUAAUCAGCUCAUAUUUUAUAUGAAGGAACUACCAUCAUUUAAUUAGAAGAUAGCUCUGCAAAGUUGAUGGUUAUAAGAGCAGGAUUUUAAAGUUAUAAGGGAUAAAUUGUAAGAUCACUACUUCAUCCUAAGCCUGUUGAUAAGAUGAUUUUUAUCCAAGGAAUUAAAUUUGUUUUUGCAAUAUUAUUCCUUGCUUAUAUUGCUUACUUUGCAACUCUUUACAAACUUAUUCAAAUUGAAAUGCUCACAAAAGAUAUUAUUUACCGCUUUUUUGAUGUGCUAAUUUAUUGUGCACCUCCUGGCGCUCCAUUAUUGAUAAAUGGAGUCAUUUUCUUUAGUUUAAUUAGACUAAGAUACAAAAAAAUAUUUGCUUCAGACCCAUCUAAAGCUUUAUAAGCUGGUCGCAUUAAAACUAUUUGCUUUGAUAAGACAGGCACAUUAACGGAGAGCACUGUGAAUAUGUAGGGAUAUUAACUCCCAUUAUCAAAAUCAAAAGAAGAGGUCAUACAAAAUGGAGACAAAAAAAGUAUUUUGUAUAAAUUAUUAAGCUCUUGUCACUAGGCAGUAAUUACAUCAGAAGGAAAGUUAGGAGGCGAUCCUAUUGAUGUUGAAAUAUUUUAAUACAGUUAAUGGAAAUUAGGACAUGAUAAUGAAAGAAAAUAAAAUUACUCUGAAUUAAAUGAUAGUGAUAUAUUAAAGCUAUAUACUUUGUCAAUAAACGAAUUUCAUUCUGAACACUAAUCUAUGAGUGUUGUUGUUUAGGAGGAGUUAAAUGGUUCACCUCAAAAUUUAUAUUUAUUUAUGAAAGGAUCUCCUGAAGUAGUCUUACAAAAAUGCAAUGAAGCUACAAAUGAGAAAUCAAAGCUUAAAAGCUAGUUUGAAGCUUUAGCAAGCUAGGGAUAUAGAGUGCUAGGUUUAGCUUAUAAAUAAAUUUCAAGUGACGAAUUAGAAGGAUUUUUAAAUCAAAAAAGAGAAGAUCAAGAGAAAAAUUUAACAUUACUAGCAUUUGCUAUUUUCAAAAACAACUUAAAAUCUGAUACAGCUCACGUUAUUAAAUAACUGCAAGACACAAAAUACAACAUUAAAAUUAUAUCUGGCGAUAACCCUUUAACUACUCUUAGGAUUGCAGAAGAGGCAAAUAUAAUCUCAAAGGAAAAAAGCACAAUCCUUAUUGACUGGGUUAAUAGAUCUUAAAAGAAAUUGUAGUUGACUAGAUAUGGCACAAAUGAUAGCAACAGUUUUGAUACUUAAACUCAGUCAAUCGAUUUGACAAUAAAGGAAGAUUAUUUUACUUUAGUUCAAUAUUGUGAGUAAUCUAUAAAUGGUUCCAUUAAUAUUUGUGUAUCAGGUCAUACCCAUACUUUCUUUGAAGAACUUAUCAGAAGAUAUGAUGAGAAAUUUAUUUCAAAUGAAAGUGAUUCAGCUAAAAAUAGUAGUUAUCAAAAUAAUGAGUCAAAUUUAAUAAAUUUAUACAAAACAAUUGUUUUAUCAUCUCAGUUGUUUGCUAGAACUUCCCCUUCCCAAAAAGCUAGUAUAGUUAAAUUAAUAAAAGACAGUGGAGAAGUAGUUUGUAUGGUUGGAGAUGGCACCAAUGAUAGUCCUGCUAUAAGAGAAGCAGAUGUUGGUAUUUCUUUUUCCGAUGCUGACGGUUAAUUUUCAGCUCCAUAUAUUGCAAAAGACUCAUCUUUAGAAUGCGUAAUAAGUAUUAUCCUUGAAGGAAGAGUUUCCCUUGGUGUUAGUUUGGAAAUUUUUAUUGGUUACAUAUAAGUCAGCAUACUUAGAUUUAUUGGGUUCUAAUCUUUAUCAUACUUUUAUAGUGGAUUCGGAGAUUUUUAAAUGUCUUUUUAAGCUUACAUUUGUGGAUUCGUUAUAGUUUAUUUCUUUUAAGGUUUGACAAAACCUGUGAAAAAUAUAAAAAAUUGCUACAUUAAUGACAACUUCUUUUCAGCUUAGUAUUUAAUAUCAUCUAUUUCUGGAUUCAUAAUUUAGUCUUUGUCUAUUAUUGUUGGGCUUGCUACAUUAUAAGCUAGUAGUAUUUAUAUUGAAGUAAACGGAUUUGAUACAGAUAAAAAAUUUGUUUUCGAGUGCUAACAAAAUACUAUAAUAUUUAUGUUUUCUUUGAUACACUAUUUCUAUAUACACAUUAGCAACAAUAUCGGAUAUCCAAUUAAAUAGCCUUGGUAUAAAAAUUAUGUUGUAUUGUUUUUAAUGCUAAUUUAAUUUGGUUAUGGAUGCCUAAUUAUGUUUACUAGCAAGCUUUACAUUAAUCCAUUAAAACUAGUAGAAUUAGAUGAUAACACUUUAAGGUUGAGUCUCUUUUUUAUUUUCAACGGGUUUGGCAUACUUUAAGUUCUUAUAGAAAAGGUUGUAAUCUAAACAUAUAUCUUAAGAUAUCAUUAGAAGAUAGCAUAAAAGUAAUUCUAAUAAAAGUAUAUCAAAUUAAUUUAAUAACUCAAAGAAUAGAAUCAUUUUAUCUAUAAUUCUUGA